AAUCGAUACGGAGUUUAGAGGUGGUGCAGCUCAAAUCUGUAGCAGUUACUUUGAGAGCGUGCAGACGUGGAUGUGAUCAGAAACGAUGGAUCCGCUGUUGUAUUUAGCUGGUGUGGUCGUCCUGUUCCUUCUGUGGAUCAGAGUCAAAGGUCUAGAUUACGUGAUCGUUCACCAGAGGUGGAUAUUUGUGUGUCUGUUCCUGCUGCCGCUCUCCGUCAUAUUCGACGUGUAUUAUUAUGUGCGCGCGUGGCUCAUUUUCAAGAUGUGCUCCGCGCCCAAACUGCACGACCAGCGCGUGCGAGACAUCCAGCGACAGGUGCGUGAGUGGAGGAAGGAGGGCAGCAAGACCUACAUGUGCACGGGUCGACCCGGCUGGCUCACUGUAUCUCUCAGAGUGGGGAAAUACAAGAAAACCCACAAGAACAUCAUGAUCAAUAUGAUGGACAUUCUGGAGGUGGACACAAAGAGGCAGGUGGUGAGAGUUGAGCCGCUGGCCAACAUGGGUCAGGUGACCGCUCUCCUCAACUCUAUUGGCUGGACACUGCCAGUGCUUCCCGAGCUGGAUGACCUCACUGUGGGUGGUUUGGUGAUGGGCACAGGCAUCGAGUCUUCCUCUCACAUUUAUGGGCUGUUUCAGCACAUCUGUGUCGCAUAUGAGCUGGUUCUAGCUGAUGGCAGCUUGGUACGCUGCACUGAGGAGGAGAACUCGGACCUGUUCCACGCCGUGCCGUGGUCCUGUGGAACUCUGGGGUUCCUGGUCGCAGCCGAGAUCAAGAUCGUCCCCGCUAAAGCCUGGGUGAAGCUGCACUACGAGCCGGUGAGAGGACUGGAGAACAUCUGCAAGCGCUUCACUGAAGCAUCAGAGAACAAGCAGAACACAUUUGUCGAGGGCAUCCAGUACAGCCUGGACACCGCUGUCAUCAUGACGGGAACCAUGACUGACCACGCCGAGCCUGAUAAGAUUAAUAGAAUUGGCCUGCACUUUCAACCCUGGUUCUUCAAACACGUGGAGGGCUACCUGAAGGGCGACCAGACUGGAGUUGAAUACAUCCCUCUGAGACAGUACUAUCAUAGACACACACGCAGCAUCUUCUGGGAGCUGCAGGAUAUUAUUCCCUUCGGCAACAACCCGGUGUUUCGCUGGCUUUUUGGCUGGAUGGUCCCUCCUAAGAUCUCACUGCUGAAGCUCACCCAGGGAGAGACCAUCAGACGGCUUUAUGAACAGCACCACGUGGUCCAGGACAUGCUGGUCCCCAUGAAGCACCUGCAGGCCGCCAUCACGCGCUUCCACCAGGACAUCGACGUUUACCCUCUGUGGCUGUGCCCGUUCCUGUUGCAGCCUGGCAGAGGGAUGGUCCACCCCAAAGGGCAAGAGGAGGAGUUGUAUGUGGAUAUUGGGGCUUAUGGAGAGCCCAAAGUCAAACACUUUGAAGCUAAAGCAUCAACGCGUCAGCUGGAGAAGUUUGUUAGAGAUGUGCACGGGUUCCAGAUGCUGUAUGCAGAUGUGUACAUGGACCGAGAGGAGUUUUGGGAGAUGUUUGAUGGACAGCUGUAUCACAGACUGAGAGAGGAGCUAGGCUGUAAGGAGGCCUUUCCCGAGGUUUACGACAAAAUCUGUAAAUCCGCCCGACACUGACUCCCCUGAUCACUGGCGCCUGACCUCAGACCCCUGUGUCUCAGAGGCGUCUGUCUGCAGCUCACACUUUGUGACAGCUUCUAGUUUGGGGACAUUUCAACAAAAACAAAAAACUGUUUUACUCAAAGAUGCAUCUCAGAAUUUUUAAGAUGGAAUACAGCUUUGCACACACUAAUACAAGAUAAAAUAUGUUAUUUUUGGCAACCACACUGUGUCUUAAGAGGCCCUUUUAUCAAUGUGAACAGGAGCGUAAGUAUUGUAAUGGUUUGAAGUCAUGAAUGUAUUCUCGUCUCCGUCUGUCUGUACACAGUUAUCUUAUUUGUACAUUCGAGCUCUGAUUUCGUGGACUGCUUGACUCAACCAUAUGUCACACAUAUGGUUUAUUUUACUUGCAGAAAACAUACUAAACUUUUUAUUUCUUCCUUUUUUAAAAUGUGUACAUAUGUCAGGCAACUUUUCCCUGUUUAACUACCUUAUCCGGUGCUGCGUAUUAACAGGUCAGCCUUAACUACAGCUGCCACAGUGCCAUACACUUGCCAAACAUGGUCCCCUAAUCAGCAUCAUACACAUUUUUUAAAAAAGAUGUUUUUGUGCUGAAUCUAAAAUAUGUAUUGUAACUUAUAGGCAACUAUUUUGAUAUCAAAAUCAGAUCAUCUCACCGGGCCUGUGUAAGGGUUUAACAAAUAAAAAAAAAAUCU